AAUUAGACAGCGCCCAAAGCUAUAUAAAGUCGAGCCUGUCAUCGCCACUGAAACAUUCGAACAUUGAACGGUAGCAAACUUAUUAGGACAUCCUCUCCAUUCCGCUGAGGACCCAUUCAAGCGUAAUUGAUUGCCACCAGCCAACAUGAGACCGUCCACACUCUCUCUCGCUUUUGUUGCCAUGCUGGGCGGGUUUGACAUCGCCCACGCAGUCUGCACCGGCUCCGCCCUCGCCAUCGGUACCGCAAAGGACCUUGGAACCGGUUCUACACAAUAUAACAUCUACGACGGUACCUGCAAGACUCUCCAGAGCCUUCAAGUCAACACCGCCAUUGGCCCGUGUGAUUCCCAAUACUUUCUCUGUGCCUUGGGCACCAAAAAUAUUGAGGUCUACGACGAUCCAACAACCGGUGUCUCGUAUGUCUGCGCAGCUGAUACGAGUUCCGAGACCUGUGGGGGUGACGCAGUCAGUCUAUGCUGUAAGGAAGGUUUCCGACCUUGAUUGAUGGUGAAAUUUUGGCUCCCGGGUGGAUUUCAUCUUUCAUAUGCUAUUUAAGUGCCUUUCACUACGGCCAUGACCCAGUUGGGGUGGGGAAAACAUCCUAUUUGAUGGACAUCUUCUUAAUAAUAUCAGCAUUUUAGCCCCCCUUGUAGUUUUAUUUGUUUGUGUUACUGUUCUAAAAGCGUGCAUUUGCUAUUGUUUGACAAAGAGGAGCACCGCACCCCGACAUCUGACAAAUUAUUGCACUUUAUGUGAAUGCUACACAUCCACAGGAGACCCACCUAAUUAUAUCUUUCAUGUGAUCUUAUUAUUAAGAGAAGCACUUGUAAAAUGUGCUGAGAUUCGUCUGUCCUAUGUCAACCGGUGGCCUUGGUGUUGAGGGAUAGAUACUUACUUAAGUAGGUACGUAAUCUUGAUAGAUUGCCGAGAAAUGCGUGCUCUAAGU